UUGGUCCCUUCACUGGAUUGGACAGAAGGAAACCCAUAUGAAAAAGAAGGAGCUGGGAUACCGAUGGAAAGAAUGGUGGUAGAUAAUGUUGAUAGCAGUGCUGUCAUACCUCCUGAGUAUGCUGAUCCUCAAAUUCUUACUCCGAUGCUGGGACAAAGAUUUAAGACUGAGAGGGAUGCCUAUAAUUUUUAUAAUGUUUAUGCUGUUAGUAAAGGAUUUGGGAUACGACUGGACAAAGAUCGCAUGAAUACUAAAAAGCAGAGAACAAUGCGGCAAAUAUGUUGUUCUCACCAGGGGAGGAACCCAAAAACCAAGAAGCCUUCCGUUCGAAUUGGGUGCCCAGCAAUGAUGAAGAUAAAUAUGUCUGGAGCUGGUAGUGGCUGGUCAGUAACAAAGGUUGUUUCUGCGCACAACCAUCCUAUGAAAAAAAGUGUAGGAGUUACUAAGAAUUAUCAGUCGCACAAUCAAAUAGAUGAGGGGACUCGUGGUAUUAUUGAAGAGAUGGUAGACAGUAGUAUGAGUCUUACAAAUAUGUAUGGUAUGUUGUCUGGGAUGCAUGGCGGACCUUCCAUGGUUCCAUUCACGAGAAAAGCUAUGGAUAGGGUUGCUUAUGCAAUUAGGCGGGAUGAGAGCAGCGAUGACAUGCAAAAAAACACUUGAUGUCUUGAAGGAUUUGCAAAAAAGGAGCAAGAAUUUCUUUUAUAGUAUACAAGUUGACGAGGCUUGCCGUGUGAAGAACAUAUUUUGGUCUCAUGCUGUGUCCAGAUUGAACUUUGAGCAUUUUGGUGAUGUCAUCACAUUUGAUACUACCUACAAAACAAACAAGUAUAAUAUGCCCUUUGCACCAUUUGUUGGUGUAAACAAUCACUUUCAGAGCACCUUCUUUGGUUGUGCCCUGCUUAGAGAAGAGACUGAAGAAUCAUUUACAUGGUUAUUCAAUACAUUCAAAGAGUGCAUGAAUGGGAAGGUUCCUAUUGGAAUAUUAACAGACAAUUGUCCUUCCAUGGCAGCUGCCAUUAGAACAGUAUUUCCCAAUACAAUCCAUCGUGUGUGCAAGUGGCAUGUACUGAAGAAAGCAAAGGAAUUUAUGGGGAACAUAUACUCCAAGCGUCAUACAUUCAAGAAAGUAUUUCAUAAGGUUCUUACGCAGACACUAACAGAGGAGGAGUUUGUUGCGGCUUGGCACAAACUGAUUAGAGAUUAUAAUCUGGAAAAAAGUGUUAACUUGCGUCACAUAUGGGACAU